AAAGAUGGAAUUAGACAAAAACCCAAAGUCAAAGUUCAAAUUCGCAUGCAGCCGUACUUAAAAAUUACCGCCCACCCACCACCCGCCACUUCAGCAUCGCGUGCCAUCGGCAUCUUUUCCGAUAAGAACUGAAACUUGAAUUUCUGGUUAAGAAGAAGCUAGGAUGGUCGAAGUGAAUUGGGAGCUGAAGAGCUUCUGUAACCACGAUCAAAGGAUCUUCCUUGUCACAAUAGGCGUUUACUCCAUUGUUAUCCUCGUUCUGUGGAGAACAUUCAUUCUAACUCCUUUUAAGCUCAUUACUGUAUUUCUUCAUGAGGCAAGUCAUGCAAUUGCUUGUAAACUUACAUGUGGCCAGGUGGUGAGCAUGAAAGUUCUUGCAAACGAGGGUGGAUCGACAGAAACUCGUGGUGGUGCUUAUUGGUUGAUUUUGCCUGCUGGAUAUCUUGGUUCUUCGUUUUGGGGAAUGGUUCUGAUACUAGCAUCAACAUAUCUUCUGACCGCACAAAUUGCUGCUGGUUGUUUUAUUGCAGCGCUAGUUGUGGUACAGUUCUAUGCCAAAAAUUGGACGCUUCGAGGACUUUCCAUUGGAUUCAUCGUUUUCAUUGCUUUAGUAUGGGUUCUUCAAAGAAUGACUGAAGUGCGGGUUCUUCGCUACGUCAUUCUUUUCAUCGGUGUUAUGAACAGUUUGUUUUCUGUCUAUGAUAUAUAUGAUGACUUGAUAUCGCGGAAGGUUAACUCAAGCGAUGCGGAGAAGUUUGCAGAAAUUUGUCCAUGCCCUUGCAAUGGUGUUGCUUGGGGAGUUAUCUGGGGGAUGAUAUCUUUCAUAUUUCUUUGCGCGGCAGUUUACCUUGGACUUGUUAUUUUAUCUUGAGGUGAUAUGCCAAAUUCAUUGUGUGAAGAGAGAAGAGAGUCCAUUCGUGAAUCUAGGUUGGGGCCGUACUUCAAUUCCCAUUUAAUUCAUUCUUCCAAUGUACAUUUUCAAGUACAUGCAAUGCUAUAUUACGGCCCACCAUAAUCUUUGUCCAACUAUUCAUUUUAAUGUGUAUCCACCCCAUACUUAUAUUAAUCUUAAUCAAUGUGGGUCAUGUAAAUUUACUUUAAUUAUUUGCCUAAAUGUUGCUCAUGAAUAAACUGCGGCAAGGCAAUCGAGUGCUUUAUGUUGGUCGAGUGUGGCAAAGGAUACUGCUUUCACUGAACUGUUAUUUCAGUUGUCUUGUAUUAUACCAAGUGUGUAUGUACUCUGGAUGUCCAUUAGGACUUCGUUUGAAAUUUGUUUUUUAUAUUAAUUAAUUAAUUAAUUAAUUAAUUGU